CCCGUUCCCCUCACCCGGCCAGGUCCACGCCGUCGACCGAACCAGUUCCUAUUUUAGUGGGGAGGUUGGCCGCUGUGUUGCUCAGCCGGGAGGUACUGACAACGGAUGAGCAGGGAGAAGAACGUGCCUCAAGAAUGACAGACACGAAGUGCGCGGUGUGCCAAGCCCCGGCGAGUCAGCGGUGUGCCAAGUGUCACAUCACGUCAUACUGCAACAAGGAGCACCAGAAGCAGCACUGGAAAACUCACCGUGGCGAGUGCAGCCCUUACAGGGUGUGUCAGAACGAUGUGCUGGGCCGUUACCUGGAGGCGUCACGUGAUAUCUUACCCGGCGAGGUCAUAUUCAGGGACUCGCCGCUCGUGGUGGGGCCGAGGCAGGUAACAGUGCCAGUGUGCCUGGGCUGCUUCACGCCCGUGGAUGGCUCUUACUCGUGCACCUCCUGCGGCUGGCCCUUGUGCGGUCCUGAGUGCCAGAUGGUCGUCCUCCACAACCCAGAGUGCCAGCUCUCCAGAAAUAGACCCGUCAAAGUCCAGGUUCAGAAGUUUAUGGAGGUGAACCAGAUGUACGAAUGCAUUACGCCGCUCAGAUGUCUGUGGCUGAAGGAGAAGGCGCCGGAUAAGUGGGCAACUCUCAUGCAAAUGGAAUCUCAUCUCGAGCAGCGCGUCAACACAGAUGUUCACGAGGUCAAUCAAGCUAAUGUGGUGAACUUCAUGAGACAAUAUCUCCGAGUGCUUUCCUUCACGGACGAGGAAAUCCAUACAGUGUGUGGCAUCAUAGAUGUCAAUGGCUUCGAGAUCCCAGGGCCGAGUAUUAUUGGACUCUAUGGCAAGGCGUGUCUCCUGGAGCACUCCUGCAUCCCGAACACUACCAGGACUUUUGACACACAGCUGAAUAUCAUUGUAAGAGCGGCGACGAAGAUCAGUAAAGGAGAGCACAUACAGACUUCUUACACCGACCCGAUGUGGGGGACAGCUAACCGCCAGCUACACCUCAGGACAACAAAAUAUUUCAAGUGUGUUUGUAAUAGGUGUCUGGACCCGACAGAACUGGGCACGGACCUGAGCAGCCUUCGAUGCACAAAAUGUUCCUCAGGGUCUAUUUUGCCAUCCCCGAGUCCUCUUAGCCCUGAUGCCUGGGUCUGUAAUGCAUGCGAAGAAACACUCAAUAUAGAUGAAGUAGAAGACUACUUGAAGUGGACGGGGGAGAAGCUGAUAGCUCUAAAAGAGGGUUCGCUUCAGGCAUCCGAAAAUUUCCUGAAGGAGACAUCAAAGAAGUUGUCAGUGAACCACUAUUACCGAAGCGACGUAAAACUGGCUUUGGCCCAGAUGUACGGCCGAUCCGGCGAGGAGAGUAAUAGCAAUAUCCAGGCUCUCUCCAAGGACUUGUUACAGCGGAAGGAGGACCUGUGCAGGGAGGUCCUCGCACUAGCUGACAUCUUUAGCCCAGGGAAAAGCAGACUUCGUGGCCUGUUAUUAUAUGAACUACAAGCUAGUCUGAUGGAGAAGUACCGCAGACUGCCAAAGAAAAUGAGGAUGUCAGGCAUUGGAAAAAAUCUUUUAAAGGAGUCCGUCGGUGCCUUGGAGGAUGCCAGUGAGAUUCUGAUGUAUGAAUCGCCCUUACAAGAUGAGUAUCAGCUUGGCCUUCAAGCAGAGGAUGAUCUUAAGAAUGCCAAGAGCCUUCUGAGCAAGCAUCGAUGACCAAAUUAUUUCAGUCACGAGGCAACAGGAGAAAAAAGUUUGAGUUUGUUUUCAAUCAAGGAAAAAAAUCAUGCAAAUUCUCUUUUAUAUUGAACAUUUAAUGGUUUGAUUUAUAUUUUUAAACUAUUAUACAUCUGAAGUGGUUUCCCUGUCCUCUUAAGAGUUCAGAGGUAAUAAAAACUUGAAUAUUU